UUUUCUUUCUUUGGUCGAAUUGGUGAAGAGGGGAGGAGCAGGAAUAACCAGGUUUAAGAUGGAGAAUGUUGAUCAGAAAGUUGCCAUAGUGUCUUUGUCCCUCAGUGAUUAUGGAGAUCCUGCAUGAAGCUGAACUCUGCUUUCCACUCCUCCUCAACACCUCCUGCAGGAAGACGCUGAGGCACCAGACACAAAUCAUCCUUUAUAUCCUGCUGUCCUGCAUCUCUCUACUCACUGUGGUCCUCAACCUGCUUGUCAUCAUCUCCAUCUCACAUUUUAGGCAGCUCCACACCCCCACCAACCUCUUCCUCCUCUCUCUGGCUGUCUCAGACUUCCUCGUUGGCCUCCUCCUGAUGCCGAUUCAAAUCCACGUUUUAGAGGGCUGCUGGGUUUGGGGAACUUUACUUUGUGUACUCUCUAACUACAUCGGUUUUAUCCUUACAUCCGCCUCCGUAGGAAACAUGGUGCUGGUAUCAGUUGACCGAUAUGUAGCUAUCUGUGACCCAUUGUGUUACCCCACCAAAGUCACUCAAAGCAGAGUUCAGAUCUGUGUUUGUCUGUGUUGGAUCUGCUCUGUGUUCUACAACAGUGUGAUGCUGAAAGACUUUCUGAAAGAUACAGACAGAUAUGUUUCAUGUUAUGGGGAGUGUAUAAUUGUAAUUGACUUCAUAACAGGAGCUUUUGAUAUUGUAUUGACCUUUUUUUGCCCUAUUGCUGUCAUCAUAGUUCUGUAUCUGAGAGUGUUUGUGGUGGCUGUGUCUCAGGCUCGAGCCAUGAGGUCUCAUAUUGCAGCUGUCACUCUACAGGGUUCAGGUCAUGUAACUGCAAAGAAGUCUGAGAGAAAAGCAGCUACAGCUAUUGGUGUUGUAGUGGUUGUCUUUCUGGUCUGUUUCUGUCCUUAUUUUUCUUCUUCUCUCGCAGGUCAGAACAUUUCAACCAGUGUGGAGUUUUCUGUCUUUGGGUUGUGGUUACUUUAUUGUAAUUCUUGUCUUAAUCCACUGAUCUAUGCUUUUUUCUACCCCUGGUUUCGGAGAUCUGUUAAGCUCAUUGUUACACUUCAGAUAUUGCAGCCUGACUCCUGUGACGCCAACAUAUUCUAG